UACGAAUUACAACGUGCUUGCGUGCAUUUAAAAAUAGCGGGCGAGCCUGCAUUACUGUGCUUGCGUUGGCUAUAGUUACGCAUGCGCGUGAUAAUUGGUUAACCAAAGCUGACUUGUUAGGUUAAGGAACCGAGAAAUAUCCGCGUUCUAAAGUUAGAAAAAUAUGUAAAAUUGCGUGCGUGGUGUAUCCCGUUCCAUAGAAGAUAAACGAGACGACACGGUGCAUCGGGAAGCAUAUGCUCACGAGGUUUACAAACGGCUACAGACAUUUAAUAACCACGCGUGAAAUGUCAAAACAACGGUCCGCGAAAAAUGAGAAAGCACGGAAGGCCGCCACUACCACUGACAAUCGAUCUACAGGACCUGUGGUUUACGAUAAAGAUGGAAAUGUAGCAAUUAAAAUUCAAGCUAAACCCGGCGCGAAAUGUAACAAUAUAACCGAUAUUUCCGAUGAAGCGGUAGGCGUUGCGAUAUCUGCACCACCAACGGAAGGAGAAGCGAAUGCCGAACUGACCAAAUAUUUGGCUUCGAUUUUUGGACUGAGAAAAUCUGACGUAUCUUUAGACCGGGGGUCCAGGAGUCGGCAAAAAGUUGUUACAGUAACAGGGAUUACAACGGAUCAAGUUUUGGAGAAGCUGAAAGUGGAAAUGCAGAAUUAAAUGUUUCCUAUUUUCAUAAUAUAAAAGAUGAUUGUUCUUUUCUUUUUCUCUAUUAUUUUUCAUCAAUACAUUAUAUGUAUUCCUCAUAUCGCCACCUUAUUUAUUUUACUCGUAUUUCGUGUCGUGAGCGUUUCGGUUAUUUUAUACAAUAUUAUUAUACAAUUUAUACAUAUUUAUCUGCUAAGAUAAUUGACGAAAUCAACGCCGCAGCGUCGCGUAAUUCAUCAUAAACAUUCAUUGUACAACGAGCUUCCUUAGCACCUACAAAUAUAAUUGCACCGUUUUUGA